AUGAAACAGGCCGACCUGAUUGUUAACACAAUGAUGGACAGGAAGAACUGUAUAAAUAAGCAGAAAUGGUACAGUGCUCAGGAUGCACUUCAGAUCAUCACUGGAGAGGGCAGUGACUUUGACGGAUGUGAAACCAGCUCAGAUAAAGACCCUGAGGACCCUGAUUACACUCCCAGCAAAAAAGAGAUGGAGAAUGACGAGUCAACUCACCUUUGCCGCGCCCUAGCUCCACCUCACCGGCGUAAGCGCCCCCGCCGCCGAGGUAAACGCAGCGGGUCAGCUGGUGAGGCUGAAGGCCUGCAUGGCGCGUUCUUCUACGGCUUCCUGGACCCCGUUUGCCUCGCGUCUUUACUUCUUGGCGCCCGCUGGAUUCUGUCGACUCCUGGCUGGUACCUGUUAUCGGCCUGGAUGAGGUGUUCCAGUCCCGCGCCCCCCGCUCUCCCCGUCCCCGCCGGGUCCUCUGUCCUGACACUUAUCAAUAGUAGUUUGUCCUCAGGGGUGGUCCCUAAAAAUUUCAAACAUGCAGUAGUACAACCUUUGAUUAAAAAACCACGACAAGAUACUACUGUUCUUUCAAAUUACAGGCCUAUCUCUAAAUUGCCUUUUAUGUCAAAAAUCCUUGAGAAGAUAGUUUGCUGCCAAUUAAUGGUUUUUCUGGAAGAGCACAAAAUACUUGAGAUCUUCCAAUCUGGUUUUAAAACCUUGCACAGCACCGAAUCAGUUCUUUUAAGAGUUUUUAAUGAUACCUUUUUAGCCACUGACUCUGGUGACUGUGUUAUUCUUGUGCUUUUAGAUUUAACUGCUGCAUUUGACACAGUGGACCAUGAGGUUUUAAUCUCUCGUUUGAAACAGUGGAUGGGUAUCAGGAGCGUAGCACUGGACUGGUUCAGGUCAUACUUAGCUGAUCGAACCUUUUGUGUCAGCCUUGGUGACUCUGUGUCCUCCUCUCCUCGUCUCUCAUGUGGGGUCCCACAGGGCUCAGUUUUAGGACCUCUUCUCUUCUCGCUCUACUUGCUUCCACUUGGUUCCAUACUGAGGAAGCAUGGUAUUUCCUUCCACUGUUACGCGGAUGACAGUCAGAUUUAUGUCCCUCUCAAAAAGAAAGAUUCCUAUUCUGUCAAACCGCUACUCAGUUCGGUUGUUAAGUCGAGCUUCUUCCAGUUGAGGCAACUUGCCAAACCAAUUCUUUCAAGGCAGCACUUUGAAACAGUAAUCCACGCCUUUGUGACCACUAGGCUGGAUUACUGUAAUGCACUUUAUGUGGGGGUUAGUGGGUCCUCUGUUGCUCGUCUUCAGAUGGUGCAAAAUGCUGCGGCACGUCUUUUAACUGGCACACGUAAGCACGAGCACAUUUCCCCCAUUUUAGCAUCACUUCACUGGUUGCCCAUACAUUUUAGGAUCAGCUUUAAAAUUCUUUUAUUUACUUUUAAAUCCCUAAAUGGUCUCGCUCCCCCCUACCUCUCCGAACUGCUGCAGCCUUACACACCCCUCCGCUCUCUCAGGUCAGCUGAUCAGCUGCUCCUGAGUGUACCUAAAACUAAGCGUAAGCUCAGAGGUGACCGUGCUUUUGCUGUAGCAGCUCCUAAACUAUGGAAUGAUCUGCCUCUACACAUCAGACAGGCCUCCUCUCUGUCUGUUUUUAAAUCCCAUCUUAAAACACAUCUCUUCUCCCUGGCUUUUUAA